AUGUCGUCCGAACCCGCCACCUCGGCGGCCACCGGCCUCAAAAUCACCAGCCCCCGCCUGACGAUCCGCACCGCCGUCCCCUCAGACGGCGAGGCUCUCGUGGCCUACUUCAGCGACCACGCCAAUUUCCCCUGGCCGGUUGAGGAGGAUCUCACCCUCGAGAAGAUGCUGCCACGAGUCGACAAAUGGGCAGAGGCAACGGCAAAAGGCAGCAGCGCUUUCAUGGUCAUCACCCUGCGCGAGACGGACCAGCUCAUUGGCUUCGGCGGUUUCAACAGCCUGCCUCGGACAGAGCCCCUGAGCGACCAGCCCCCCUGGAAGAUCAGGAAAGGCAGCAGAGAGGGAACGGUGUUGGCGGCUGAUGUUGGCGUCAGCAUUGAUCAUCAUUACCAGCGAAAGGGUUAUGCCAGGGAAGCAGUCUGUGCUGUCGUGGAGCAUGGCUUUGAAAAGUUUGGAUGCGCCUAUGCGCAUCUUGACACACAGAAGUCGAAUGAGCCUAUGAAGGCGUUGAUGAGUGGUCUCGGGAUAGAAGGCGUUGAAGGCGAUGACAGCGAGCCCUUGGAGGAUACUGCUUUCAGCUUUGCGUCGAAGGCCAUUAACUACAAUGUGGACAGAGAAACCUGGAUCAGCGUGAGAGAAGAGUUAGAAAAGAAGGGCGCUUGGCCAUUUCCGUCGCAACUCAGCUUUGGAGAUGCAUCUCUUGGCGAUCUCUUGUGGACAAAAAAGGGCAGGUGUCUCUUCCAUGCCGAUGCAGGUCACGGCCAGGUAUGCGGUCCACUCUGCAGCCCCGGGGUGUUCCAUGCUGAGAAGGACCACCACAGCAACCUUGAACUCCGAGAGACAAGGGAGAUAGGAAUAGGCGUUUUCACAAAGCAAGCCAUUCCCAAAGGAACGGUGCUGGGGUUAUACAGCGGCGCAUUGCGCCUCUAUGACCAGCUUUCCCCGGCGCAGAAGCGGUACUCUAACUUUCUCUUCAAGCACCCGCAACACGGAGAGCUUUACCUAGACGCAUCGGCUGGGGGCAACUGGACGCGGUUCCUGAACCACUCCUGUGGGCCGAAUUGCUCGUUCGCGAGGGCGCUGCGCUGCGGCCACACGAGGGUCAUCUACGUGCGCGCCAGGCGGCAGAUCCAGGCCGGCGAGCAGCUGUUUGUGGACUACGGCAGGGACUACUUCCAGAGCCUGGAAUGCAAGUGUCGCUCCAAGGACUGCCGAUCUGCGACAUCUCGAGGUAAGAGGAAGAGGGUCGAUGAAUUUGAGUAUGAGAGGUUGUUUUCGGAUGAGUACCGGGAGACUGGGCGAGCUGCCAACCCACGGCGAGAAGGCCUCAGGGCCAAGGUUAAAGUGCGGAAGCUGACAUAA